UGAGCAUGAGUCUACAGGUUCUGAGCAAGAAGGCCUCGCGCGCCGUGGCACCUACGUUUGCACGCGCUGUCAGCACCGAUAACUACUCGGCCACACAGACGGCGCUGGGUCGCCCUAUCUCGCCCCAUGUGGAAAUCUACAAGUUCCCCGUGACGGCCAUCUCGUCGGUGGCGAACCGCUUCUGUGCGAUGGGCAUGUCCGCCGCCUUCGUGGGCGGUAGCGCGCUGGGCUUCGUUGGAGCCGAUGUGCCCGCUCUCAUUUACAUGGCGCAGGAUUCCAUCCCGUUCUUCGCUCCGAUCUCCAAGGCCCUCGUGGCCUUCCCCGUCAGCUACCACGUGCUCUGCGGAGCCCGUCACAGCCUCUGGACGUACAAGCCUGAGCUCAUCAACAACGCGGACGGACCCACGAGCUGUUACGCUAUCUUCGCUGCCUCGGGCCUCAUCACUCUGGGUGCUGCUGCUUACACGAUCAAGGCGCCCAAGGAGAAGAAGGCCGACCAGUAAUUUGCUCAGUCCUGUGUCUUUGUAGUUGUUCGCUCGCCCAUACACAGCCAACAUGGACCGAGUUAUCAGGAUGACUGGUUGGACGAACAGACGGAUGACACUUUUGUGAUGUAGGCUGUGGCUCUCGGGAAUCGGAAGAGGGCUGACGGUAGACGAGUGUUAUCAUGGGUGGCGGUGGACUGCAGACUUGGAAAAAAACGAUAAAAAUGAAUGAACCUAAACCAAAACUCUA